UGACAAUACAGUUAUCACUGUUUUGAUUUGCAUUUCAUAGAGUUUGUCGUGUACUAUCCUGUGAGGAAAUUAUAAACGUUAUUUAUAAUAAAGUAUAGAUCGUAAUAUUUCCAAGUGUUAUUGGUUCUACCGUUUGUAGCAAGUAUAUCCACAGAAUUAGAAAGAUGGCUUGUCAUUGUUCCUUUUUGGACGUCCUAGCAGUAAUAUCCACGCUGCUAGCCGUGGGAUACGCCUAUAUAAAAUGGAAAUACUCGUACUGGAGCCGGAAGAACAUCCCGUACAUCGAACCCUCCUUUCCAUUCGGGAACUUGCCCAAUCCCUUUUUCGGUGGAAACCCAGAAAGCUUCGGCGACAGGACCACCCAAUUGUACAAAGAAGCCAAAGCCAAAGGGUACCGUCAUUUAGGCAUGUACUUUAUGUUGAGAAAAGCGUACCUUGUCGUGGAUUUGGAACUAGUUAAGAACGUUAUGACCAAAGACUUCCAACAUUUCGUUGAUAGGGGAGUUUAUACAAACGAAAAGGACGAUCCGUUAAGUGCUCAUCUAUUCGCGCUUGAAGGAAAGAAGUGGAGGAAUCUCAGAACGAAAUUAACGCCAACAUUUACUUCAGGAAAGAUGAGAGCCAUGUUCCAGACAUUAGUAGACUGUGGGUUAGUCCUUGAGCAAUACAUCGAAGGCCUAUCUAAUACUAAGGAACCAAUAAACAUAAAGGACGUUUUAGGAUGCUUUUCGACGGACAUCAUCGGGUCCUGCGCCUUUGGUUUAGAUUGCAACAGCUUCGAAGACCCCAACUCCCCCUUCAGAGAAUACGGAAAAAAGAUUUUCCAACCCUAUUCUAAGCUGAGGUCCUUCUUUAGGAUUCUGAUGCUGCAGAAUUACAGUUUGGCGAGAAUUUUCGGGGUACGUCAGACGAAAAAGGAGGCCAGCGACUUCUUUAUGAAAGUGGUUGAAGAUACGAUUGCGUACAGGAAGAAGAACAACUACGUCAGGAAUGACUUUCUGCAGUUGCUAACCAAUUCUAAGGAAGGGAAGGAAAAUGAUGGCGAUAUGCUGACCAUGAACGAAAUCGUAGCACAAAGCUAUGUCUUCUUCAUUGCUGGGUUCGAGACCAGUUCUUCAGCCAUGACGUUCGCCCUAUUCGAGUUGUCCAUGCAUCCAGAGAUCCAGGACAAAGUCAGAGAUGAAAUCAGGACGGUUCUGGCUAAGCACGACAAUCAGAUGACUUACGAUUCCUUAAAUGAACUGAAGUAUAUGGGUCAAGUGAUAGAUGAGACCUUGCGGAAAUACGCACCCCUCUCCUUCCUCACCAGGGAAUGCGUGGAGGACUACAAAGUACCUGGAGAAGACUUCGUCGUAGAGAAAGGCACCAGAGUAUUGAUCCCAGUGCGUGGCAUCCACUACGACGAAGAGUUUUACCCGAACCCGGAAAAGUUCGACCCCGAAAGAUUUACAGAGGAGAAUAAGAAGAACCGGAGUCAGUACACGUUUUUGCCCUUCGGCGAGGGGCCGAGGAUUUGUAUAGGUCUAAGAUUUGGUAUCAUGGAAUCCAAGGUGGGACUGACCAGCAUCUUGAGGAAGUUCAAGGUCACCCUGAACGAGAAAACUGAGGUUCCCCUGAAGAUGAACCCGAGAGCGAUCGUCACCACUAGCGAAGGGGGUAUUUGGCUAAAUCUAGAGAAGUUAUAACAACAUACUUGUAGCGAAAUUUGUAAAGAUGUAUAAAGAUGUAAUAAGACUUCACAAAAAUUCUGAAUACAAUUUACCUUUUAAUGGACAAGUAUUAAUAAAAAAACUAAUUAUAAA